AUGAAAAUAAUUUUAACAUUAUCAAUUUUUUUAAUUUGUUUUUUACAACUUGGACAAUCAGUUAUUGAUCCAUCUCAAAAUGAGGUCAUGUCAGAUUUACUAUUUAAUUUGUACGGUUAUGAUAAGAGUCUAGAUCCAUGUAACAGCAAUUCUGUUGAAUGUGAUGAUAUCAAUUCAACAAGUACCAUCAAAACUGUUAUAUCUUUAAAUUUACCUACUCCCUUACAAGAAUAUGUAAUCACUCAAGAUUUAACUCCACUCCAAAAUUUAACCUAUAUGGAAUUAUAUGAAAAAAUUUAUUUAACUUUAUCCUUUUUUAAAAAUAUAAAUAAAUUAACUCAACUUGAAACAAUAGUUACAUUAUCUUUUAAUGUAACAAUUCCAGAUGAUACAAUUUUCCCAGCAAGUUUAGAAACAUUUAGUAUUUAUAAACCAUCAGUUCCAUUAAGCAUAGCAAUUUUUGGAUCAAAUAUUAAAAACUUAUAUGUAAAUUCCCCUUUAACUGGUUACAGUAUUCCAACUUUAAUAAAUGUCAAUCCAUAUCUUGAAAACCUUCAACUCCCAGUAACUUACUAUUCAGGUUUUCCUUCAAAUAUAUCACUAGCAUUCCCAAAUUUACAAUAUUUAACCAUCUAUGUAAAUAAUGAUAUGGACCAAAAUAAUUACCACAACUUUUCCAUUUCAAACAUUGGAGUUUUUAAAAAUUUAAAAGGUUUGGAUAUUGAAUUUACUGAUAGUUAUAAUCCUCAAGAGUUUUCAAUUAAUUCAUUCUUAUCAAAUGUUCCAGUAAUUGAUAGUUUAUAUAUUUAUGGUCAAGGUGUAACCAUUGACCCAUCAGUUGGUAUUAUUGAUCUUUCAUACGUUAAGUCUAAAAAAUUUUUAAGCAUUAAUAUCCAAGAAAGUUCAUUAUUAAACAAUUGUAAAGGUAAAAGUUUUAAAUCACCAAAAAAAGCUUAUUUCCGUUCUAAUUAUAAUACAUUUUCAUAUGCAUGUAUUGAUUUUUCAAAUCUUGCUUAUUUUUAUGAUUAUUAUAAUGAAUAUGAACAAUAUUUACCAAAUAUUGAUAAUGCUCCAUUACUCAAUGAAAUUUACAUAUCCGAAUCUGUUGUUGUCGGUGAUAUUCCUGAAUCAUAUUGUAGAAUAAAUUAUUUGGGUUUAAACUAUAACCAACUCAAUGGAACAGCACCAUCAUGUAUUCUAUGUCUUGGUGGUAACAGAGGUGGUGACAUAGUAUUACCAAAUCCAUUAUUAAAUUUCAAUAAAACUUCUGAACCAUAUUGCCCAACUUUCAAAAUCGAUCAAAAUUAUACAAAUUUAGUAGCAACUGAUGGAAUUGGAAAAUUAAUAAUUACUGGUACUAAUUUAGGUUGGUAUGGAAAUGAUAUAACACCAAUUACCGCAAAUUCAAAAUUAGCCAUUACCAUUCCAAAGGGUGUUGGUACAAAUAAGAGUAUUACUGUUACUUUCCAAAAUGGUGAACAAAGAACAUUUAAUUAUAGUUACGUUCCUCCUUUCAUUAAAUCUUAUGGUUUUUUGGAAUUAGACAGUAAUAAAUAUUUGACAAUAAAUGGUACUGGUUUCGAUUUUGAGAACCCUAAUAUCAUCACUAUUAAUGGUCAACAAAUUACAUUUUCUAUUGCAUUGGGAGGAGGUGAUAAUGAUGGUUUGAUAGCAUUGCCUAUUGAUGAAUUACCAAAUUUUGAUAGUGAGACUAAAUUUACAGUAUCUACACUUGUAGGAGGUCAAAGUUCAAAUGAAGUUACAUUUUAUUAUUUCAACUCAAUCAAUAUUACUGAAGAGAAAUUAGUUUUAAAUAAUACAGGUGGUUCAGUAGAUAUUAAUGGUUCAUUUGGUACAAAUAAUAUAUCAUUAGUUUCAAUCUCAAUCAAUGGUACCAAUUGUUUAGUUACAUCAUACACAAACUCAAAAUUAACAAUUCAAUAUCCAUCGAAACAAGUUGGUGAUAAUUAUGUUUUAACUUUGAAUGUUGGUGGUUAUGCAGUUAAUCUUGUUGUUGAAUACAUUGAAGGCGGUGAAACUCCAACACCAUCAACAACACCAUCAACAACACCAUCAACAACACCAUCAACAACUCCAAGUUCAACACCAACUCAAUCACCUGGUGAUGAUGGAUCAACAUCUUCAACAUUAUCAAUUUCAUUUUAUUUAAUUACUUUGUUAUUAUUAACACAACAAUUUAUUUAA